GCAACUCUGCGGUCGAGAAUUGGUGCGGAUCGCGCUCGAGGUGGAGGUCGAGGGCGAGGUCGAAUUCGGGGAAUGCGUGGGAAUGCGGAGCUCGUCGGGCUUGCGAGUGAUGGUCUGCGUUAGCGGAGAAGAGAAUUUGGCUUCGAGCGCAGAAGAAUCUGCGCCUUGAAGGAUAGAUCGAGAUGGCAGCGCUUUCGGCUGCGGCGAAAUUGGAGCCCGGCGAUAGAGCGAAGUGGAGAUGGCAGAAGAGCGCGGGAUCGUUCAUGGCGGGCUCGGGCGCCGGGAUGAUCAGCACCACGAUUCUGCAGCCGUUUGAGGUGGUGAAGACUCACAUGCAGGCGCGCGAUUGUCCCGGUGGGCAUAGCAUCAGGGGAGCGGUGCGAGUGAUCUCUGAGAGAGAUGGAGUGACAGGGUUCUGGCGGGGCACGGGAGCUGCGUGUGUGCGCGUUGGUCUCGGGGCUGGUCUCUACUUCGCCAUGUUGGGCCCCGUUCUGUCCACAUUGCAGACCAUCUACACUUCCGGCCAGAGUUCUGGGGUCUCCAUGCACGACAAGCUGCCAGUCGCCAUUACAAUGUCCGCCGGCUCGCUGACGAGGUUGCUCGCCUCUGCAAUGACGUGCCCCAUCACCGUCGUCAAGACUCGGAUGGAGUAUGCAGCAGCGUCAGGACUAAACUACACAGGGACUGCCAGUGCACUUCUAGCAAUCAAGCGUACCGAGGGAAUAUCCGGUUUAUACAGUGGAAUGGUCCCGACCCUGCUGAGGGACGCCCCUUAUUCUGGUCUGUACUUAAUGUUGUACAAUCGCAUACGAUACUCUCUCAAAGAUCACUUCGAUCCCAACAAUAUUCCUCACACAUACAUAAACUUCGUUUCAGGGGCUCUUGCAGGAAGCAGUGCCACCUUUUUUACGCACCCUCCGGACGUGGUCCGGACACGGAUGCAGCUUGAGCGGAGCCAAAGCACGGGCAUCGUGUCUACUGUACGUCAAAUUGUGCAGGUUGAAGGAGUAAAAGGCCUAUUUUCGGGUGUUCUGCCACGAAUAGGAAGGCGAGGCUUACAACAAGCAGUUUCAUGGACUAUCUUUGAGGAGAUCUCCGGUUGGGUGAAUCAUAGACUUUGAAAAAGAGGCAAUAGAGGAGCUUAAUACUUGAGGACAGAGCUUAUCUUGAUUUAUCAACUGCAAGUCUUACGUGCUUUGCGGUAUGUACUAUAAAACCAAAUCCCUUGUAGACUGCACUCAUAGCGUUUUUAGUGGUAAUGGAGUCAAGCAGAUUGAGGCACCUCGAAGGUGAACUUCACUUGUACCGGUACGGAGAAAAUUAUAAAAUAUUUCGAUUGUUGCGAUUACCUCAUGGAAGCACUUCGUUUCGUUGUUCACUUUGUACAUCCACCGUCAAGCCAUGGCGAGAGUCCUAUGUAUGUCCAGUACUGCUGAGUACAGACAUCUAGCAAAAUGAUUUGUAAAAUUUUAGCUUUAUACUGAAUGCACGAUCUUGUUUGUCCAAGUCGUUAACCCAUAAAGCGUUCUGUCAGUGAGUCAUGAGUGGGCAAGUCAUGAAACUCUUAGUCGGCAUUGACAUUGAGCCGUGACAUCUCAAAGCAGUCGCAGGAAUGUGCUAGACGCUUGAGAAUUGUCGUCUAUUACGUUCUUAGGUGGAAAUGAUUAGGCUGAUUGUGACGUGGCUGAUUAUAAAACGUCAUCCGGCAUUAAGCUGGCAGCACCUGAUGCAUUUUUACCACCAACCAAGGAUCUGGUCGCGUUGUCAGACAACAGUCCCCUUUUUUCCACUCAAAAGUGAUCUAAAGAAACAACUCUUCGUACAAGCUUCACUGGUAAUGAACGGAUUCUGUGAGGAACAGAAGCGUCUAAGUAAUGUGCCCUGCUAAGCGCCUGAUUUAGCGAAGUAAGAGGAUCACGAGCAUAAUACAUGUCGUUAUACCUGCUAAUGGUAACCACCGCGGAUGGUGUUUAUGAUCAAGGAAUGGUGGACAAGGGCAAAUGUUGAUCAAUGUUCAAUCAGAAAAGGGCAGCCUGAUUCUCCACAUCAGGGGCAGAAGUACAGAUUGCAGAGCAUUUAUAAAACUAGCGUCCAUUAGGUCGUAGUACUUUGCCAUCUGUCAGCAAACGCAUCUGUGUCUCUAAUAGAAGACAGCUUACGUGAAUUCAUAAGACUCGAAAUUCCUCCAGUCAAGUCUUCCUCGAGAAAUUUGGACGAUCUUCUCAUAUUCGCAUCUCCUUGUGAUGGACUAUGUGUGGGUAAAGGCUGCACGGGUGUUGUCCAAGGUUGAGAAGUAAGGCCUUUUGUUUGAUUCGAGGCAGUUGAACUCGUGAAAAAAAGAGGUAGUGGCUUGGACGAUUCUGAUCUCUGAGUAACAGAUCUUCUCCAUUCAGCUCGGACAUUGUCAAUAGACUGACGGUUCGCAGCCGAGAUUAUACCGCCAUUCAUAGACUUCCGAUUCAAGUCUGCCGAUGUAGGUAAGGGAGCAUCACUUGGUCGCUUCGGUACGUAGGUCCUCAUGACGAUAGGUUUAGAAAUGUCACCUAGUGAUCCAGUCUUGCUAAAACGGUUCAAUGCUGUUGCUACUUCUACUGUUGUUGUUUGAUCUGGCGUGAUCAAACUGGGGCGUCUAACUACUGCUGUCCCAGGUCCUGGAAUGCUUGGUGUCGGCAAGGCCACAGGAACUGGAAGAGAAGGAGGUUCUUGAGGCGGCAAACUGGGUCGCUUGGCUGCUGCUGCUUCAGGUCCUGGGAUGCUUGUACUCGGCAAGGCCACAGGAACUGGAAGAGAAGGAGUUUCUUGAGGCGGCAAACUGGGUCGCUUGGAUGCUGCUGUCUCAGGUCCUGGGAUGCUUGGACUCGGCAGGCCCACAGGAACUGGAAGAGGAGUUUCUUGAGGAGGCAAACUGGGUCGCUUGGCUGUUGCUGCUCCAGGUCCUGGGAUGCUUGGAAUCGGCAAGGCCACAGGAACUGGAAGAGAAGGAGGUCCUUGAGGAGGCAAACUGGGUCGCUUGGCUGCCGCUGCUGCAGGUCCUGGGAUGAUUGGAAUCGGCAAGGCCACAGGAACUGGAAGAGAAGGAGGUUCCUGAGGUGGCAAACUGGGUCGCUUGGCUGCUGCUCCAGGUCCUGGGAUGGUUGGAAUCGGCAAGGCCAUAGGAACUGGAAGAGAAGGAGGUUCUUGAGGUGGCAGACUGGGACGUUUAGCUGCUGCUGUUCCAGGUCCUGGUAUGGUUGGAAUCGGCAAGCUCACAGGAACUGGAAGUGAAGGAGGUUCUUGAGGUGGCAGACUGGGACGCUUAGCUGCUGCUGUUCCAGGUCCUGGGAUGGUCGGAAUCGGCAAGGUCACAGGAACUGGAAGUGGAGGUUCUUGAGUUGGCAGGCUGGGACGCUUAGCUGCUGCUGCUCCAGGUCCUGGAAUGCUUGGAAUCGGCAAGGUCACAGGAACUGGAAGUGGAGGUUCUUGAGUUGGCAGGCUGGGACGCUUAGCUGCUGCUGCUCCAGGUCCUGGAAUGCUUGGAAUCGGCAAGGCCACAGGAACUGGAAGUGAAGGAGGUUCUUGAAUGGGGAGACUGGGACGCUUGGCUGCUGCUGUUCCUGGGAUGCUUGGAAUCGGCAAGGCUACUGGAACUGGAAGAGAAGGAGGUUCUUGAGGUUGCAAACUGGGAAGCUUGGCUGCUGCUGGUCCUGGGACAUUUGGAAUUGGCAAGGCAACUGGGCUAGGACUAGGAGGAGGUUCUUGAGGGCUCAAACUGGGACGCGUGGCAGCUGCUGCUCCUGGUCUUGGGACAUUUGGAACUGGCAAGGCAACGGGGCUAGGACUAGGAGGAGGUUCUGGAGGGCUUAAACUGGGACGCUUAGCUGUUGCUGCAUCAGGUUCUGGAAUGCUGGAUAUUGACAAGGCUCCAAAAGUGGAAAGAGGUGGGUUUUGAGGAAGUAUACUUGUGUGUCUAGCAGUUGGUGCUCCUGGUAUGAGCACAGAUACUGGCGCUCGUGUAGGUAGUUCUUGAAUUGACAAACUGAGAGUUCCAGAAUCUGGAACUGGUGUUGUCGCGGGAGAGUGUUUUAUCUCGACAGUGGAAGCAUUUGGUUUGACAGGUGGUGAAAGGAAAGUCGUCGAUACAGGGCUAGGAGAUGGUGACAUUCGGACUGGCAAGCUUGCCGUUCUGUUUAACAUUAUUCCAGGUCUCGUAGUUGAGAGUAUAGGCGAUGGGUAGCUAGGACCAGGUGUUGUUUCGGUGGGUUUGUUAGUGGUUUUGGAUGAAGGCUUUUCUGGAGUUGAAGGAGCAAGCUCGGAUACAGAGACAAGAGAAGGUGUUUUCUGGUCUGUCGGGACUUCAGGUUUAGUUGAUCCCAUUUCGGAUACAGACAUCGACGGUUUAGUAUGUGAUUCUCCCUCAGCGGACAAGGUGAGAGGUUUCCAUGGUGGUGUUUCGGAUCGGAUUGUAGAUGAGAGACUUGUUUUGUCUAGACUUGAUGGAGGUUGUUUCUGGGUUGAAAGAUUGGAGGUUCCAAUAAUUGUUGGUCUCCAAGGUGAACCUUGUUCUGUGGAUUUCGGCAGUGCGGGUUUUGAAAUUGGCUCAGUCAGAUUGACUGUGAUGGUGGCUGGACCGUUGAAUGAAGUCAAAUUCGGGAAACUUGUGGAAGUUGAUGAGGACGACGAAAUUGAAGCUGUGUUGCCGAGAGGGAGCUCUUGAGACCCUGGUAUAGCAAAAUGUAGCUCUGGGCUGGAACUUGAUAGCAGAGGGCUGGAUACAAGUGAAGAGCCCGACAUCCUUCUCGACAAAUCUUCCUGUCCAUUUUUAGUAUAGGGUGCGGAGGCCCCUGGAAGUGAAGCUGGUGCUAAACCUGCUAUAGGAUUUGAUGACGCUGGUGUGGAACUUGUUUUACCAUCUGUUAACGGAGGGAUAGAACGCAAAACAUCUUUAGAACUGUCUGCAGUACCUGGAUUCAGAGGUGCUUUGGGAUUCUCUGCAUCUGUGUCCGGUGCGGUAGGCUUCACAUCAGGUGUAGUAGGAGCAAUUAGUGGCUUUGGUUUGGUUGAUUUCUGGAUACAAAACAUGCACAGACAUCUCAUCAGUAUUUGUAAUUACCAUGCCCACAUAUUGAAGAUAAGUCGAAAUCAAAACUGA